AUGGCCGAUGUCCCCUUAAUGAAAGCCAAUGGUCCUUACAAGCAGGAGCUAGAGUGGAACAGACUCGAGUGGGCCUGUGAAGAUGAUGACAGUUAUGCAGCCUGCAUCCUUCGAGAGAAAAGCAUGAACAAAUGCUCAGUAUCAGCAUCUGGAAAAUGCCCAAUGCUGUCUGAGAAUCCAUACUCAGCACCCCCUGGAGCAAGGGUGGCUGGAGAAGGUCCACGAUGCCCCAAGGCCAAGGCAGUCACACAGUCGGGGGUCUCCAGGCCGGGUACGGCUGCGUCCCCACCCCCCACGCACGCACAAACGCGGAGUGGCCCGAACCCUGUGCCCCGCAGCGUUCGAUCUCAGGACCGAGAGCCUGGGCUAGGGUCCCCUUGGCUCGGUGCGUUGCGCUGUAGCAGCGCCCGCCUCCCGCUUCCCGCCUCCUGCCUCGGUGGCCGCGCAGGGUGGGAGUCGAGAGCAUCUCCAAGCGCCCAAGCCAUGGUGGCCAAACAGCGGAUCCGGAUGGCUAACGAGAAGCACAGCAGAGCAGCUUAUUGCCAGGGCUUCCUUACUCCCAGCAUUGUGGACUACAGCUUUACUCCUGGCAUUUUAAGAAUCAGAGUUCAGAGGCCCCAAGAAGAGAAAUAUCCUGUUGGGCCAUGGCUGUUGGCACUGUUUGUUUUUGUUGUCUGUGGCUCAGCUAUCUUCCAGAUCAUACAGAGCAUAAGGAUGGGCAUGUGA